AUGUCGCAGGUUCUCUCCGCUCUUUUCAACAUUUUGCUUGCCUCGACGUUGUUGGGCAAUGUUGGCGUAUCUGCACACCAGAAACGAGGAUCAAAGCCAUUCCAUUGGGUUGAUACCUGGACUUCGAUGCCACAACUCACAGAGCCCGCUAACCUUCCGCCUGCUCCGUACAAUGGCUCCUCUGGGGUGUUUGUCGACGCGACGAUUCGACAAACUCUCCAAAUGUCUGUCGGCGCCGACAAGAUUCGUCUUCGACUCUCCAAUGUGUUUGGUGUAAAUGACCUCCCGAUCACGGCCGUCACGAUUGCGAAACCAUUCAACGGCACCGCGGGCCAGCGGGCCAUCCUCGCAAACACGAUCAAGCAAGUCAGCUUCAGCGGCAGCUCUUCCAUCAUCAUACCCAAUGGCGCGCUUGCCGUGUCGGAUCCAAUCGACUUCCACGUGGACCCCCAGUCCGUCAUCUCGGUCACCAUCUACACGCGCGAAGGCCAACAGGGCUUUUCCAUCACGUCACAUCCCGGCUCGAGAACGACAAGCUUCUUUGCUGCCGGUAACCAAGUUAAUGCGGCUAACUUGACCGACUCUUCUGUCGCAAGUGCCGCGCAUUGGUACUUCCUUAGUGCCGUAGAGGCAUGGGCCCCAAGCAAAGUUCGUGCUCUCGCCGUCGUGGGGGAUAGCAUCACAGACGGACGUGGUAGUCAGACGGAUCAAAACAACCGAUGGACCAACCUUCUUUCGGCCCGGAUGCAGAAAAACGGGUAUACAAAGAACAUUGCUGUUGUCAACCAAGCAGCCGGUGGUAACCGAAUUCUCUACGACGGCCUCGGCCCGAAUGCCCAAGGCCGCAUCGACCGCGACGUGCUCGCGCACUCUGGUGUCGAGUAUGCCAUGAUCUUUGAAGGAGUCAAUGACAUUGGCACGACUGCUACCAACGUCGAAGCACAAGACCGUCUCUACCAACGCCUCAUCCUCGCCUACAAGCAAAUCGCCACACGCGUUCACGCCGCGGGUAUCCCAAUCUUCGCCGCGACGAUCACGCCAUUCGGCGCUCCAAAUUCGACGCUGCAGGCGUACAGUCACCCGACGAGGGAGACGACGAGGUUGAGGAUCAAUGACUGGAUCAGGACGUCCAAGACGUUUGACGCCGUGAUCGACUUUGACAAGAUCCUCCGAGACCCCAAAAAUGCGACGCAACUCAAUGCCGCUUACAGCUCGGGCGACUACCUCCAUCCUAGUGUCGCCGGAUACCAAAAGAUCGCCGACUCAUUCCCAUUGGAGAUCUUCCAAAAGUUUGAGGAUGGCGUCGAUGGCUACAACUAA